AAAAAGGAAGAGCACAUGCACCCAGCCAGUGACAAAAUACAAGGACAGUGGACAGAUACACUUUCUUUGCAGAAGAUAACGUUCUGUGGAGUUACUCAGUUUCUCUUAUACCCUUUAAUUUCUCAAGCUCUCUCUCACAUUGGUUUCAACUUUCAACAAAGGACAAAUAAAAGUCAGAUCCACCAGUAUUUAAUUUCUCUUUGUUACGCUGAGCCCUGCAGCAUUAUCAACCUCAAACUCGACGAAUUGUUCAUCAUGCCUGGCCUGCCUCUUGGGCUCGAAGAGCGUCUUCUGAUUCCGCGAUGUGGAGUGUGUAACGAGUUAUUUACCACUAUGAAUGCCGUAUGCAUGCAUUUUAUUUCUGUGCAUAAUCCAAAUAUGGUUUCCAGAGGAUUUUAUUCAACUUCUCCAGAGUUAAAUAUUACUCCUCAGCCUUCAAAUCCUCAACCUGCUCCUCCGCCUCCAAAUCAUCAACCUCCGCCUCCAAAUCCGCCUGAAGAAAGCAUCUGAAGAUGAAGUCAAGGGUCAUCAAUCAGGUCCACUGGUUUAAUUGUAUAACCCUCAGGUCCAAAUAUAUAUGUGUUAGCAUAAAUUCUAUUAAGUUUGGAAGACCCAAGAGAAGUUGGAGAUGUACUUACAUUUUAUAGCUUUUUUUUCUAAGGCUUACAAUUUCAGAACCCGAUUUAUC